AUCUUCAUUGCAAGUAUUCUUUUUUUUUUUCUUUAAAGAGAGAGAGUGUGUGUGCGUGAGUGCACACCAGCAGGGGAGGGGGCAGAAGGAGAGGAUGAGAGAAUCUUAAGCAGGCUCCGUGCCCAGCACAGAGCCCAUCUCAGAGCCCUUCUUGGGGGCUUGAUCUCCCAACCAUGAGAUCAUGACCUGAGCCAAAAUCGAGAGUUGGACGCUGAAUUUACUGAGCCACCCGGACACCCCUUAAUUACAACUAUUCUUAAACACUCCUCUACGUGCCUUGCAGAAUAGUUACAACUUGCAUGCACUGAAAUAACACUGUUCUUAAGGUAGCAAGCAAGUUGUCGUUCUUGUUUUGCUCCUAAGGCCUAGUCUCAAGUUGAUCUUAUAGUCUUCCCCUGUCUCUAUCAGGGCUUUGUGCCUGUAAGUCUUUAAAAUUUUGUUUCUAGGGGCGCCUGGGUGGCUCAGUCGGUUAAGCGUCCGACUUCGGCUCAGGUCAUGAUCUCGUGGUCCAUGAAUUCGAGCCCCACGUGGAGCUCUGUGCUGACAGCUCAGAGCCUGGAGCCUGCUUCGGCUUCUGUGUCUCCCUCUCUCUCUGCCCCUCCCCUGCUCAUGCUCUGUCUCUCUCUGUCUGAAAAAUAAAUAAACAUUAAAAAAAAUUAUUUCUAAAUUAAAUAUUUCAAGCAUUCCCGAAAGUAUAAGAAGGUCAUGAGAUUAGCCGCAACACACCCAAUCCCUGAUGACCUCUUUGGUACCAGAGGCCUCAGCGUUGGCCAAGCAGCUGGGGUGCGGCCCACAUGGCCUUCUGGCAGUUGGCAGGGCCUGCCACUGGUGCUGGGAACAUAGCAAUUUUGUGUGUGGAGGUAUUUUUCCUGGGGCUUUUCACAUGUUUACUCUUGAAUGGAAAGUGUGGGGAGAUGGGACAAAUGGACUUUGUAGGAUCUGUUGGCUAGUAGACCAAGUUUUCUUUUUGCUUUCUCUUGUUUUUAUACCACUGCAGUCUCUUCAUGGGUAAAAUGGGAAGAAUUAUUCAUUUAUGCAUUCCAGAUAGGGUGUUUAUUCUUAGAACCUACACUUAGGUAAUGGAAAUGAAAAAUUAGUAAAAUAGAGAACAAGGAGAUAGGGUCUCUGAGAAUUCGGAGGAGGUGGAAGACUUCCAGCCAGACAAGCCUGGGAAGGGGUCAUGGAAAGGGUGGCUGCGGAUUUGGAUAUGGGGAGAUCAGAGGAGGAACAGACAGAGGAAAAGAAUCCGUAGAGGCACAGAGGUGAAGAGAGUAGUGUGCAUCAUGGGGGUUCCCCUUUCCUACUCCUUGUAGGAGUUGAGAGGCCAAAUAAGGUGACGUAUUUGGAGUUCUUUGAAAGAAAAGCCCACCAAUGUGUAUACCUAUUCCCAUCCUAUCAAGUAGAGGACCUCACGAACAAAAUCUGUGAAACGGGAUGUGUGGGUGCAUGGAAAGACCCAUUAAAGCUGCGUUCGCCACCUCACUGACCCCUGGUUGUGGGGCUGCCACGGCCUACGUGUGUAGGUUAUGGCCUGUGCAAGCACCUGCAGAGUUUGCAGAUGGGGCCAAAACCCAGCCAGGCUCUGCCAGGCUCUCUUUUCACCCUGAGAAGCGUUUUGGUCUGAUUUGCCAAAGGCACCACGAGGGCUCAAGAUCUGAUUCCUUUUGUUGCUUAAUAGUGCCCACAUUUCAUGGCCAAAUAUUGAGUAACUUACUGUAGUAUAAUUUGCUAAAUGAUUUCCUUUAGCCAUCUGUAGGGACUCAGUCAUCAUUUUGAAGACUGGCUUGGGAUCAAACACUUGGAGAAAUUCAGGAGGACAUGCUAUUCUCCCUCGGUUCCAUUUUUACCUUCUGUUCUCCUUGCCACCAACUUCUGGUUGGAUGCUCAGAAUCCCUCUACUGCAGGUGUCCUCAUGACUUCCCCUGCAGACCAUGUCUAUGAUCCUUUUUGCCUGUGUGGUGAGGGUGAGGGAUGGACUGCCCCUCUCGGCCUCCACUGACUUUUACCACACCCAGGAUUUUCUGGAAUGCAGGAGACGGCUCAAGACUUUAGCCUUGCGACUGACCCAGUACCCAGGUCGAGGUUCUGCAGAAGGACGUGACUUCAGUAUACAUUUCUCUUCAUUGGGGGAUGUGGCUUGCAUGGCUAUCUGCUCCCGCCAGUGUCCAGCGGCCAUGGCCUUCUGCUUCCUGGAGACCGUGUGGUGGGAAUUCACAGCUUCCUAUGACACCACCUGUAUUGGCCUAGCCUCCAGGCCAUACGCCUUUCUUGAAUUUGAUAGCAUCAUUCAGAAAGUGAAGUGGCAUUUUAACUGUGUAAGUUCCGCUCAGAUGGAGAGCAGCUUAGAAAAAAUUCAGGAGGAGCUUGACUUCCAGCCUCCAGUGGUUCUCACUGUGGAGGACACAGAUAUAGCGAAUGGGAUAAUGAACGGUCACACACAGAUACACUUGGAGCCUGCUCCUAAUUUCCGAAUGGAGCCAGUGACAGCCCUGGGUGUCCUUUCGCUCAUUCUCAACAUCAUGUGUGCUGCUCUGAACCUCAUCCGUGGGAUUCACCUCGCAGAACAUUCUCUACAGGUUGCCCACGAGGAAAUUGGAACUAUUCUGGCUUUUCUUAUUCCUUUUGUAGCCUGUAUUUUCCAGUGUUAUUUGUACCUGUUCUACAGUCCAGCCAGGACUGUGAAGGUGGUGCUGAUGCUGCUCUUUAUCUGCCUGGGCAACAUGUACCUGCAUGGGCUAAGGAACCUCUGGCAAAUCCUUUUCCACAUAGGAGUGGCUUUUCUGUCUUCAUAUCAGAUACUGACCAGGCAGCUUCAGGAGAAGCAGUCUGACUAUGGAGUAUGAAGAUGACAUCAUGUGAUGAAUGGAUCCUUUCGUUUUCUUGUGAGAGUCACCUCUGUUUCCCUUUUUGCUUCUCGACUUCACCUCGAGUUUCCAUCCUUGAAGUUCCUUUCGACCAAACCAGAGUGAUACCGAAAGUUGGGGAUUUUUAACAGGAGCGAUGGAAAGCACGAGGUCGCCCCAGCCCCGGUUUUGUGCUGGGCAUCAUGGCGGAAUCUCCAGUUCAGCACAUUUACUUAGGACAGCAGAAUCUGGGGGCUCAUUCAGAAGGAGCAUUAUUAGAAGAUCAGAAUGGAAUUAUUUUGGUCUUUUAAAUUGAAUGAUGCAAUAAACCACUAGAUUCAAUAACACUAGGUUUAGUAACUGGCGGUUGUCUCUGAGGAACCACUUUAAAACCCACAUCAGCUUUUCAGUCUAAAUGGGACUUGGUUAGUUUUUUGUAGAGGGUCAAUACAGGGUGAAUUAAACAUUUUAAAAUAUGGUUCGUAAGUAUAA